AUGCCCCGAUCGAUUCCGUCCUACUUUACUUCCGCUCCGACGGCGGAAGACCACCGCGACCCGGAGAAUGCCAGCCCCAGCCCACGCCCUCCGCAUAACCCCCGAACCGCCCCUCCCUCUCCCUCCGCCAUGCGGAGAUCAUACAGCCACCUCUCUGAAUCCCAUACCGCCUACCAGUCCCUCGAGCCCCCCUUGGAGGCCGGCGAGAACACCAGCCUCCUGGGCAAGGCGAAGGAAGGCGGAUCCGGUCGCGUAAACCCGCAGCGCUCCUACACUACUUUCUCUGCGUCCUCGGGACCAGAGUCCGGGUUCAGGCAUACAAUGCUGGGGAGUAGUCUGCGCCGGUCGCGGCACCACAGCCGGGCGAACUCGAUGCAUCAGCGGUUCAGCCGGCGGGAGAGCAUCGAUGCCGAUGUGGCUGAGGCCGUGAGCGCGGCCGCUUCCGUCAAGGACGCCAUGACCGCGUCGUUCAUGGACGAUCGGCUGUGGUACGACCAGUUCACGUCGACGGACUGGGUGCACGAUAGCGUCGCGGACGGGGUGCGGCUGCGGGAGCUGCGGCGGAGGAAAGACAUCCGCGGCCGGCUUCUGGCCUUGUUCGACGGCGCCCAGGGCUGGCUUCUGGUUGCGCUGAUUGGAUGUAUCACCGCGGCGAUAGCGUACUUUGUCGACAUCUCGGAGGAGUUUGUUUUUGGGGUGAAGAGUGGGGUGUGCACGACGCAUUGGCUGCGGAGUCGGGAGACCUGUUGCCCUGACGAAGAGUGUCCUUCUUGGCGGUCGUGGUCGGCGUUGAUGAACCAUCAUGGUGGAGGGAGUGUCUCGGUCGACUUUGGGGUUUACGUCCUUUGGUCGGUGGCUCUGGCUGUUAUUUCUUGUCUUUUGACGUUGACGACUAAGACGGUUGUCCCGUCGUCGAUUCGCCUGACUACGCUGGAUGAGAAUCUGGCUGCCGGCAACUCGAAGCGGGCGACUGAUGCUGAUGUUUCGCCUGGGUCUGGGUCUGGGACGUCGCCGUAUCCGCCGCUGCCUAUGCGUCCGGACAUGAUCUACUAUUCUGCGGCUGGUAGCGGUGUUGCUGAGGUCAAGGUCAUCAACAGUGGUUUUGUCCUGCACGGUUAUCUCGGUUUUAAGACGUUGGUUAUCAAGACCUUGGCUCUGAUCUUCAGUGUCGCCUCGGGUCUUAGUCUCGGCAAGGAGGGCCCCAAGUACAAUCUCAACGACGGCAAGCGGCGUGAGGUCCUCAGUGCUAGUGCGGCCAGUGGCGUUGCUGUAGCUUUUGGAGCGCCGAUCGGUGGUGUGCUCUUCAGCCUGGAGGAGGUCAGCUACUACUUUCCGCCAAAGACGCUGUUCCGGACGUUCUUCUGCUGUAUUGCCGCUGCUCUGUCACUCAAGUUCCUCAAUCCCUACGGCACCGGCAAGAUUGUGCUCUUUCAAGUGCGGUAUCUAGGCGACUGGGAGAUCUUUGAGCUGGCUAUCUUCAUGCUCUUGGGAGUACUCGGUGGUGCGGCGGGCGCUCUGUUCAUCAAGGCUUCCAGCAUUUGGGCCAAGUCUUUCCGCCGCAUCCCUGCCAUCAAGCGUUGGCCACUUUUUGAGGUGGUUCUUGUUGCCUUGAUUACCGGAUUAAUCAGCUUCUGGAACCCUUACACAAAGCUCCCAGUAACCGAACUGUUGUUCCAGCUGGCCAGCCCGUGCGAACAAUCAGAUCCAGACGGUUUAUGUCCGCACCCAGAUGGAAUCGGCGAGGUGAUCCGCGCACUGACAUUUGCAUUCGUCAUCAAGAGUUUCUUGACGAUCAUCACAUUCGGUAUCAAAGUUCCCGCCGGCAUCUACGUCCCGUCAAUGGUGGUCGGUGGCCUGAUGGGCCGCAUUGUUGGCCACAUUACGCAGUACGUGGCGCUGCAGUACCCCGACUUCUUCCUCUUCGGAUCGUCGUGCGCCGCUACUGCAGGCAUGGAAUCUUGUGUAACCCCGGGAGUUUACGCUAUGGUCGCUGCGGGUGCAACCAUGUGCGGCGUCACGCGUCUAUCCGUCACCCUUGCCGUGAUCCUAUUCGAGUUAACCGGUAGCUUGGACCAUGUCCUGCCGUUUUCGCUGGCCGUUCUUUGCGCCAAGUGGACCGCCGACGCCAUUGAGCCUCACAGCAUCUACGACUUUCUGACCGAAAUGAACUCCUACCCCUUCCUCGACAACAAACUGCAAACCAUCUCCGACGCCGAACUCGGCGACAUCGUCCGCCCCGUCCGUCGCAGCCGCCUCAUCGAUAUUACCGAUUCCCCGCUCGUCCCGGCGCGCGAGCUGCGCUCCAAACUCCAGCACCUCCUCAUGGCCGGAGAGCUAGACAGUGGUCUUCCGAUCCUGCGUGAUGGCGUCUUGAUCGGACUUAUACCCGCGCCGGACCUCGAGUACGCCCUUGACAGUCUUGACGACGAGGAUCGAACCUCGUGCCUCAUGGCCGCCGAUACCUCAUCUGUCAUGUCUGAUACAGACGAUGAGGAUACUCUGCAGGUGGAUUUCACUAGAUAUAUAGAUCCGGCACCCCUCGCCCUCGACAUCCACUCCCCCAUAGACCUUGUUUACCAGUGCUUUGUUAAGCUUGGCUUGCGCUACCUUUGUGUCCUUCAUGAUGGGCAGUAUGCUGGGCUCGUCCACAAGAAGGCUUUUGUAAAGUUUAUGAAAGAGCACGACUAG